UGUGUGGAAAGUCGGUAUUUUAACAUCAAUCGUAUUCUCUUACUCACAGUUGGCUUAUGGCCUUACGCGCAAUCCAAACUCGUUCGAGCGCAACUGAUUUUGCUCUACGGCAUUCUGACAAGCUUCAUUUUAUUUCAAGUACAUCAAUGGUUUUACAUAAUUAUGCGAUAUUUACAUUACAUAAAUUUUAUAAGCUAACAUAUUGUUAUUUGUAAUCUGGUACGUAUUUAUGUUAAUUGUGGCAUUUGUGAUCUGUUUAUGAUAUUUGUGACUUCAAAAUGCACUCUACAAUACGUUAUUGAGAUUCUUUCUGCCGCAUCUUUCUUCAUGUUCCAUUUGAUACUGUACAGCAAGUUUUCGUUUAACAUGGAUGUCGUAAAACAUUUAUUAGAACUACUUCAAUGUACCUAUAACGAGCUAAGGGAUGAGAGCGAAGUCGCCAUUAUAGAAAAAUAUUGGAAUAUUGCAAGACGUUACACUGAAACACUUACGCUGAUUGGCAUGUGUGGCACGAGUGUCUUUAUUCUUUCUCCAUUUCUACCCCAUAUUUUCGCCAUGGUAAUGCCCGGGAAUGAGUCUCGACCAUACAUUUCGCUACAAAUCGUCUCAGAAUACUUCAUUGAUCAAGAGAGAUAUUUCUAUUUAAUUAUGUUACAUACCAAUGCAGCAUUUUGCAUAGGAAUAAUGGUAAUGCUAGCGACGGGAACAAUGUGUUUAACAUAUAUUCAACAUAUUUGUGGAAUGUUAAGGAUUGCUAGUUAUCGUAUGGAGAGGAUCAUGAGCAUUGACACUCGACAAAUAAGCGCCGCAAAAAGUGCAAAUUUAAUUUACAUGGGUAUAGUGUACGCCGUAGAUAUGCAUCGCAAGGCUAUAAAGUUUACAAAAAUUUUUAUUUCUUCAAUUAAUAAAUUCUUAUUCGUCCUUAUAAUGGACGGAUUACUUACAGCAAGUCUCAAUCUUUAUCAGAUUUUUCACGAACUGUCAUCUGAAUGCGCUAUCGCACAAAUUAUAAAGUAUUGUAUUUUUGUGAACGUCUACUAUAUAUAUACUUUCCUCGCCAACUAUUGUGGACAACAAAUUAUAGAUCAUAAUAAUCAUAUAUUUGCUACUGUGUACAAUGUUCAAUGGUAUAUAGCACCCUUACAUAUACAGAAGCUGAUACUAUUCCUGUUACAAAGGGGAACUAAAGCUUUUGACAAUCUAGUAGUUAUCGGUGGAUUGUUUGUAGGAUCCUUAGAAGGCUUUGCCACGGUGAAAAUUUUAUCAGAAUUUAUUCAACAAAGAGUAUAUUUCAAACAUUUCAAGAAGAUAUCUCUUAUUGCAGUUGGUCAGCGCGUCGGUUUCGUACUUUACAUUUCUUUAUUCCACGAGACAAUAAUUAAUGUAUUAUACCGAUAUCGAUGAACUAAUACUAUAUAAAGUCGAUAUAAUACAGAUUCGAUACAUUACAUGGAUAUAUUAGAUGAAUAUAAUAAUAUAAUGAAGCUGCUCAAAUUAACAGAAAUGCGAUGAUAAUAAAUAAUUAUAUAUUUAUCUUUCGUUAGAGUAAACUUUUUUUCCUAAUGCGAUAUACAUACUGAUACGUUGAAUGCUAUAUAUAUUUAAAUAUACAUAAUUGAAAAAGAUAUAUCAAUAAAAACAAAAAUUUAAAUUUUAUUUCUUUAAUAUCACGAAUUGUGUAAAACUCUAGAAAAUUAAUAAACACGGACAUGCUGUGGAGUUCUGUGAGUCGCGUGAAGGUUACGAUGCGCGUUUGAUCUAAUUUAUUUAUUAUAUAUAUAUUUAUUUAUUUAUUAUAAGCAGAAGAUAGUC